CUCUCAGAGCCCGCCUCCCUCGGGGAUGACUCAACCCGGGCUCGCGGGGGUAAGGGCCGCGGCCUGCAGGGAACAUGGCGGCGGCGGACCUCGCCCAGAUCGCCGAUGUGGACAUCGAUUCCGACGGCGUCUUCAAGUACGUGCUGAUUCGAGUUCACGCGGCGCCGCCCUCCGAGGCCCCGACCGGGGAGAGCAAGGAGAUCGUACGCGGCUACAAGUGGGCCGAGUACCAUGCUGACAUCUAUGACAAGGUGUCGGGCGAGAUCCAGAAGAAGGGCUAUAGUUGUGAGUGCCUGGGAGGCGGACGCAUCUCUCACCAGAGCCAGGACAAGAAGAUCCACGUGUACGGCUACUCCAUGGGUUACGGUCGUGCACAACACUCCAUCUCCACUGAGAAGAUCAAAGCCAUGUACCCUGAUUACGAGGUCACCUGGGCCGAUGAUGGCUACUGAGGCCUGCCCAAGGGGCCAGCUGUACCCCCUGGCCAGGACACCAGCCUGGCCCAAGUGCCCCACCUUACCUCACCCACAGGAAUUAAAAAUGUUAUCACCA